CUUUUCUUCGGCACAUCAUUAUUGAUCGAUCUUCUCCCACGAUGUAGACUAGGUACUACACAGUAUGUAUGUGUGUACCUUGGAUUCCACCUCCCCGCGCAAACCCCUAAUCCUCCUCCUUCACGGCUUCCCCGAACUGGCCUUCUCGUGGCGCAAAGUCCUCCCCGCUCUCGCCUCCGCCGGCUACCACGUCGUCGCCCCAGACGCACGAGGUUUCGGCCGCACAACCGGCUGGGACACGCGCCCGUUCGACACCGUCGACCUAACGACCUUCACGGGCACCUCUCUUGUCCGAGACGUUGUGCUCCUCGUACACGCCCUAGGAUAUACCUCCGUGGAGUGCGUGGUCGGGCACGACGCGGGCGCAGUCACGGCCGCAUUAUGCGCCGUUACUCGACCGGAUUUGUUCAAAAGUGUGGUGCUACUAAGUCAUCCGUUUAAUGGCACGCCGGUGGUGCCGCUUAACACUGCCCCGUUUCCAGCUUCAUCCCCAGCUGCGGAAAAUGAGGAUGGAGGGAGCGGGCCUUCCGUGCACGAUGAUCUUCUCGCUCUAGGUCGAAAACACUAUAAAUGGUAUUACUCCACCGAGCACGCUAGCAGGGAGAUGGAGAAUCCGGCGGGAGGGAUGCAUGCGUUCCUGCGCGGGUAUUUCCAUGUGAAGAGCGGGGCGUGGGAGGGGAAUCGGCCGGAGAUGUUGAGCGGGUGGACGGCGGGGGAGUUGGCGCGGAUGCCGUAUUAUUAUGUCAUGCCGGCGGAAGCGAGUAUGCCUGAGGCGGUGGAGGUGUUGAUGCGGGAGGCGAAAGAGGAGGGGGUAAAGAGGUGUCGGGAGUGGUUGAGUGAGGAGGAACUGGGGGUGUAUGUGCGGGAGUAUGAGCGGACUGGGUUCCAGGGCUCGUUGAAUUGGUAUCGUGUGCGCACGGCUCAGGGGGGGAAGUAUAUCUGGGAUUGGGAGGUGUAUGCGGGGAGGAAGAUCGAUAUUCCUUGUUCGUUUGUGUCGGGGAAGCAGGAUUGGGGCAUUUAUCAGGAGCCCGGGGCGUUGGAGAAAAUGCGGGAUGGGACGGUGUGUUCGGAUUUUCGGGAGUUGAAGUUGGUGGAUGGCGUGGGGCAUUGGGCGCCGCAGGAGAGUCCGGAGGUGGUGGUUGAGGUGGUAUUGGGAUUGGUGAAGGGGUUGUAGAGUAGGUAUCUUGUACAUAUUCUCGUAGAUGUGAACAAGGUAGAUAGGUAGUAGG